GUGCCACAACCAUCCUGCUGCCAAUCUACUGAGAGACAAGAGUUAUGGAGGACAGAAUGGGCUGCCCAUCUGUUUUUGUCGUGGACGUGCCACAGAGGGAUGUCCCCUUCGUGCCACCCGUGCGGAAGACCCAGAAGAAACGGCCGUAUGGCCAGCUGCUGCUGGGAAUCCUGGUGCUGCUGGCGUUGGCUGGUCUAGCCAUAGAAGCUUAUUUCCUUCUCUGCUUCCGCAAGGAACUGGACAAAGCCACAUCACAGGGAUCUGCAGAUGCAACUUUUGAGAAAUUUGUACAAGGUCACAAACCUACCAUUGAAAAGCCAGCUGCUCAUCUGACACUAGGUUCCUCUGUCGCUGUGGCUCCGAACGGAUCUCUGCAGUGGGAACCCACAAAUGGCUUGGCCUUCCUACAGGACAUGAACUACAGUGGUGGUUCCCUGAUUUGCAGCAAGCCUGGACACUAUUACAUCUAUUCCAAGCUCUACCUGGGGCAUUCAAGCUGCCCAGACAUGCAGCAGAACAGCCAGUUUGUCACUCACUCCGUUUACAAGAGGACUUCUCGGUAUCCUGAUCACAUGGUGCUGUUAACCAACAGUAUUCCUUACUGCAACUGGAAGAACAGCAAAGAUUGGAGGCAUAAUAGCUUCCUCGCUGGAAUGGUGCAGCUGGAGGAGAAGGAUGAGGUGUUCAUCAAGGUGUCUCAGAAGCAGUUGGUGUGGGUCAAGGAUGAUUCAAGAUCAUAUUUUGGAGCCUUCAUGAUCUGAGAGCUAUUAGAGCUGUGUACAGACAAUUGAAUCUGUGGAACAACCAGAUGGCUUCCUUCUUAUACUGCUGUGGCAGAAUUAGCCUCAAUCCUGCAAUAGCUUGAUAACUUCUCAAAUAUUAUGAAGGUGAAGGGGAGCCUUACUGGGGAGCUGGGUCCACCUUGCUGAAGGGAAGAGGCCU